GGGCGCUCGCACCUGCGGGGCGGCAGCUGCACUCGGCGCGCAAAGCGGCCACGGACUGACGGCUCGUAGGCGCUCGGCGCAGGUAUCCUGGGACCCCGAUGGCAAAUUUCAAGGGCCACGCUCUCCCAGGGAGCUUCUUCUUGAUAGUUGGACUGUGGUGGUCAGUGAAGUACCCACUGAAGUACUUUCACCAAAAGGGGAAGAGCAGCCGACUGACUCACCACUAUCAGCGUCUGGAGGUCACUGAGGCCGCCAUCAGAACUUUAUUUUCAGUCAUCGGCAUGCUGGCAGAGCAGUUUGUUCCCGACGGGCCCCACCUCCACCUGUCCCACGAGGACCACUGGGUAAAGCUCAUGAACUGGCAGCACAGCACCAUGUACCUGUUCUUUGGGGUCUCGGGACUCGUGGACAUGCUGACCUACCUCAUCACCCACAUCCCCUUGGGGCUGGACAGACUGGUCAUGGCUGUGGCAGUUUCCAAUGAAGGCUUCCUCUUGUACCACCAUGUCCACCACCGGCCACCGCUGGACCAGCACAUCCACUCCCUCCUGCUGUGUGCCGUGUUCGCGGGGGCUGUCAGCCUCACCUUGGAAGUGAUCCUCCGGGACAACAUCGUGCUGGAACUCUUCCGUACCAGCCUCGUUAUCCUUCAGGGCACCUGGUUCUGGCAGAUCGGGUUCGUGCUGUUCCCGCUUUUUGGAGCACCCGAAUGGGACCAGAAAGAUGACGCCAACAUCAUGUUCAUCACCAUGUGCUUCUGCUGGCACUACUUGGCCGCCCUCUGCAUUGUGGCCAUCAGCUACUCGCUGGUUUACUGCUUCCUGACACGGGUAAAGAGGCCUGGAGACAGAGAAAUCAUUGGGAUUCACAAGCUGAAGUCAGAUCACACCUACCAGAAGAUCCUCCUGAGCGGCUCUGAUGAGGACUAGGGCGGCCAUCGGUCACCAACGGAGGACGGAGUGUCCUCUGGGGGCACAGCUGGUGGUCAGUGGGGCAGCUCCCUUCCUUCACUGAAACCCCCAUUGUGAUCCACUCUCAAGGGUCUGUAUAUUUGCAUCUGCUCAUUUAACCAACUGAGGUCUCUGCUGCUGUGGUAUACUUUGUAGAGAAAAACGAAGCCAGCCUUUAUUUGUGUCUCAGUGUGAAGAGAACUCAGACUCUGAAAGUUUCAGAACAGGAAGUGACCUCAUGGGUGAAUUCAGAAUAUGAAUCCAGCAGAAUUUACUGCUUUUGAUAAUUUAGCCCUUUUGCCCUCAAGAAGGCAGGUACUUUCUUAUCAGAAGGUGAAUGACAGAGCCUUUAUUUUAGAGAUAUAAUUCUAAUCCGUAUUUUUUAAAGUAAAAUAAUUCACGAGCUUUGGUAUUUUUAAACAUGACUUGCUAAGCAUCUCCUAACUAAUCAUAACGUUCCGGAGUACUGCAAUACCACUCGCUGUUGACAAGUGAUGAAGUUGGGCCAAAGGUGAUUUUUUUGGUUAAAUCAGGAAGCUAGUGAGUGGUCCAGCUGAGAGCUGGAGCCCAGAUAUUCCGACUUCUCAAAAGUACCCUAGUAAGAGGGUGCUGACAGGAAACCUCUAUAAUGAGGUGGAGAGAAAAAUGUCAGGUUAUGGAAGGCCUUGAAUUUCAACAUAGCUGAAAGCAAAAGAUAAGAAUCCUGCAAAGGACGUGAAUCUUGCACUAGUGACAUAAAGUCUUGAUACUCGAAUCUUGGUUCUGGACCUGUUCUUUUUUUUUCUUUACGUUUCAUUCAACAAAUAUUUAUUAAUCAUCUGCUUUGCACCAGCACUGAAAUGGUUGUAAGGAUUAACGAAAUAUGUGUCCAGCAAAGAAUUCACAGUCUAAAGGGAGAGAUAUAAGCAGUUAUGUGCACGGUGACUGGUGCCCUAAGGGGUAAGUACAGAUACCAUGGGAAACGAAGGAGGGGAGGAGAAGGUGUGUGUUUGGGGGGUGCCCUACAGAAAAGCACAUUCCAGGAACAGAGAAUCCAGGCACAAAGACAGUGAGAGCACGGAAGAACGCGGACGGUUAAUCAAGCUCUGUAAACUGGUAAAAGUGGGUUAGGACAAAUCUGAAAGGUCAUAGGGACCCACAGUGCCAUUCAUUUGUACAGUAUUUCCCAGACCUUAAACUGCUUUCUAUCUCGUUUGACUCUCACAACCACCUGUACUGCAAGAACAUCAGGGCUCUUCAGAGAACCGGAUCAGCCUAAGGCCACACAACCACGAAGUCCUAAAGCCAGCCUUCAAGUAGGACUCAGAGGCCAGCUUCUCUCCCGCUAUGCCCUUCACUACUUCACACCAACAUGGCAGGGAUCGGCUGUGUGAAGCACGUAUGCUCUUUGGAAGGAAUGCUGUACUUACACGAAGGGCAACCUCCCACGGUCAGCCAGCAUCUCAGGGUCGAAGCCACAUCUUAGGGAUUAAGCAUGAGCUACUUGAAGACACUGAAUUUUGAGAAGAGAACCCGGGAGCCCCCUUUCAGGACCCACUUUGGCCUGCCUGCUGAGUAGGAACCCAAAUGUUCAUUUAGCAAGUCCUGAAUGAAGCAUGUUCUAUCCAGCAAGUUCUACUGUUGGCCAUUAAUGUAAAACGUGUUCUUGCCUCAGGGACUGGAGAUGGGAAGAAGGAACACAG